AUGACUUUGAACAAUUUUACUCGCGAUGGCCUUAUGUGGCAAUGCCCAUCAGCAGCUUGUGGUUGUCGCCCUGGCAAAGGCUCCCGGGAGAGACGUGCUUUGAAAUCGGGAUCUUUUUUUUCGAAUCGCAAUCUGGGUGUUCAUUUGGCACUUCAAGGUCUCUGGGGGUUAUUGCAUGGAAUGUCGCAACAAACCAUUACAUCCAUGCUCCGCACUAGUCGCAUUACAGUUCGUCGACUUGCAAGGGAUUACCAUUUGCUUCUAGAGGCCGACCUUACUCGUGAGGACAUGCAUGUUGGAGGAUAUACUGAAACAGGAGAGCGCAUCAUUGUCCAAAUCGAUGAGAGCAAGUUUGGAAAGCGAAAGGAUAACCGUGGGCAUCCAGUCGAAGGUGUUUGGGUGCUAGGUGGUGUAGAAUUGACACCACAAAGAAAGAUAUUCCUUGCUGUUGUUCCACGCCGUGAUGCUGAAACGUUAACACAAGUCAUCUGUCAUUUCAUCAAGCCGGGUAGUUUAAUCCAUUCCGAUGGUUGGAGUGCUUACUCUGGCCUUCGGGAUACAGAAGGGAUGUAUUGGGUACACCAAGCAGUAAACCAUCGUAUCGAGUUUGUGACAGAAGAAGGUGUGCACACAAACAAUAUUGAAGGCACUUGGGCUGGAAUUAAGCGUGGUAUCACGGAGCGCCAGCGGACAAAACAAAUGACCCCAUGGAAGCUUAUUGAAUUUAUUUGGCGUCGCAAACAUAGUGAGGAUUGGUGGGGUGGAUUAUUGAGUUCCCUACGUGAUGUUGCAUUUGAAACCAUUGAUGAUGGUCGUGAGGAAGGCGAACUAUCCCAUGGACGUGAUCAGAUUAGAAUGCCAAUGCCACGAUUUACUGAUUUCAGCUACUUUCAAGAUGCAGACUCUUCGACCAUUCCUCAACGUAGGCCAAGGUCGCCUUCCCUUAAUGAAGAUGAUAUCGAGUUUAGUGAGGAUGAAGAUUCUACCAGUAGCUCAGAAGUUCCAUCUGAUGAUAGUGAUGAUAGUGAUUAUAGUGAAAGUGCAUAA